UUUACGUGAAAAGGAAAACAAAGAAACGCAAGGAGCGGAGUGAAAUACAGAUUCCGCCAUUCGCGCGUUUAUCCAAAUCUUCCAAACUCGGCCACCACCACCAGGAUGAACAGCUUAACGGCGAGCUUCACCGCUCGGCUUUCCACCUCCCCCGCCGCCCAUCUUCCCGUACAAGGCCUCUUCACACGGCGCUUGAUUUCCGUCCAACCACCUGUACGCCACCAGCGUCUCAGAAGAAUCGUGUGCACGGCGGAACCUUAUUUAAUUACGAAAUUAGAGUCCGCUGAAAAGACGUGGAAAGAGUUAUCGGUUAAACUGGGUGAUCCUGAUGUAGCUUCAAAUCCGAGCGAAUAUCAGAAAAUAGCAAUGUCAUUGGCAGAGCUUGAUCAGGUUGUGUCCUUAUUUAGGAGCUUUAAGGAUUGUGUGAAGCAAUUAGAAGAAACAAAAGCUUUGGGGAAAGAGGGAGGUAUUGAUGAAGACAUGGCCGAGAUGAUAACUUCAGAAAUUGAAAGCUUAACUAAGCAAACUAAAGAGCUUGAAGAGAAGCUAAAGCUCUUACUACUCCCUUCGGAUCCGCUCGAUGCAAGAAAUAUAAUGAUCGAAGUGAGGGCUGGUACCGGUGGAGAUGAGGCAGGACUUUGGGCAGGUGAUCUUGUACGCAUGUAUCAGAGGUACAGUGAACGUAAUUCAUGGAAGCACACCCUUAUCUCAUGCUCUGAGGCUGAGCAUGGAGGAUAUAAGACAUGUGUUGUGGAGAUAAAAGGGAAACGUGUUUAUAGCAAACUGAAGUACGAGUCAGGUGUGCAUCGAGUGCAACGUGUUCCCCGAACAGAAGCUCAAGGUCGUGUUCACACAUCUACGGCAACUGUUGCUAUCAUGCCAGAGGCCGAUGAAGUUGAUGUGGAAAUUGACCCAAAGGAUAUUGAGCUCACAACAGCAAGAUCCGGUGGGGCUGGAGGUCAAAAUGUCAACAAGGUGGAGACGGCUGUUGAUCUUUUCCACAAACCAACUGGAAUAAGAAUAUUUUGCACAGAAGAAAGAUCUCAGCUUAAAAACAAGAAUCGAGCUCUCCAACUAUUGCGAGCAAAAUUGUAUGAGAUCAAAUUAAGAGAACAACAAGAGUUGCUAAGGAAUCAGCGAAAAGUGCAGGUUGGUUCCGGUGCUCGUGCAGAGAAGAUUAGAACAUACAACUUUAAGGACAAUAGGGUUACAGAUCACAGACUGAAAAUGAAUUUCGAGCUGAUGUCGUUUCUGGAUGGUGAUAUUGAAACAGCCGUUCAGUCUUGUUUUAGUGUGGAGCAGAAGGAAUUACUUGAGGAACUGGCUGAGUCUGUGAACUCCAUGUGAACAACUCGCAUGUGCCUGUUGGGAUUUUAUAGGCAUAAGUGAUAUAUCUGUAUUCAUAUUAAUGUAAAACAAUAGGGAAAUUUUGUAUUAUUAACCGUUCGAAAUGUAAUUGAAAAUUUUAGAUUACCGAAACUAUUGUUCGUUCGUAUCAUUUUGGCACUAAAUGAUUCGAUUAUCGAGCACAAUAUUAGGAUGAACUUAUUCCUGAGGAAAAAAAAUUCAAAA